AUGGAGACCGCCAAGAACAUCGUCAACUACGUCAGCGAGACCGUCCAGCAGGCCGGCGCCACCGCCUCCAAGGAGGUCAACAAGGACGUGGCCAAGGACAGCAACGUCGAUGUUAGCACCCGUGCCACUGCCGCCAAGGACGCCCUCUUCGACAAGAAGGACGAGAAGGUCCACGAGGCUCAGGCUGAUGUCCACAAGGAGGCUGCUCAGCACUAG